CGCGGUCGAGUUUUGUGCAAUUUCCACCCAAUGCUUAAGCAGUACGGAUUGGCGAAAUUAACAUUUUGCAUUUCUUAACACAACAACAACGACGACGUGUAAGGAGUGUACGCAUUUGCACAUCAAGCACAUAAUUUAUAAAUUUAUUUAUAAAAAGAAAGUGUGCCACUGCGUUUGUUAUAAAGUUAACUUUUUGCUUCACGUCACAGUAACGCAAGGCAAUGCACUCAAAUGGUAGCUUAUUGUCCUUGCACACGCGUUAUUUCGCAUGUGUUUUGUUAUUGUUGUGCUGCACUGCGGUUAAUGCCUACGAGGAAAACGACAAAUUUUGCAUACGCACUCAACCAAUGCUGCUGGCAGACAUUGAGAAGCAUAUAAAUCCUAUAGAUGACGAUCCUAAUUGCAAAGUGCUGGCCACAACGCUCACCACGAAGGAGAAGGACAGUUUCACGGAGACCAUGUGCAAGGAUCAUGGCACAUCAUAUAAGGAUACUUACUAUUACUUUAAAUUACGCAAUGGUGAACUGAGAGGUCGCGGUUCGCACAAGGACAUUUGCAAUGGUGUGAAAAAUCCAUUGCUUGCUUGGGUGCCAUACAAUAUGGUGCUGGAGCAUUUCGCACAAGAAUUGAAUCCGAAAGAGCAACUCAGUUAUAUUGGCAAGGCCACUGAUAUGGAGCGUGCAAAAACCGAACUCUGUCACUUCAGCCACACCGAUCUUGUGACAAAUAUUACAUCUGACCUCUUUGCCUGCAUUGUAAUGAUUUUCGAGGAUAACUUUUAUGGCCAAGAUGCCAAUAUCAAUGUACUUGUCGAAAUUGAGCCACUCAUGUACGAGUUGCGCAAUAUCACCUAUUUGCCCUGGGUCAAUGUGUCGACCAGCUACAAAACGCUGCUCGAUCGCACCACACUACAAAAUCCGAAUAGCGAGGCGAAGCAAAUUUAUGGUAGCGUGAAAUAUGGCUAUGUAGAGAAGGUGCAUGUUAAUGUGAGCACUAUAUACAAUAAGAAUUUGGAUAAUUUACCGUUAUUGUUCGAGCAUGCUGGAGCUGUAUUGGAAUUAAAUGAUUUGGGUGUUGGCGGUGUGGAUGUGACGUCGAAAACUUAUUUCGGUCGUUACAUGGAUGCACGCACUUCAGUCAAGGUGGAGGUGAUCGGUCAGUGGGCCGAACACCAUCAACAAUUCAAUGCUGAUGUCUACGACUACUAUGCUUACGGCAUAAAACGUUAUCGCAAUGAAAUCCAUCGCGGUGAGGUUACAUUUACGCGUAUUGAAAGCGCCGAACCAGUUUAUGAAACACCGGAUUCCACACUUCUCACCGCGAUUACACUACACUCAGGGGAAGAAAAGAAGUUCGAACGUUUGGAAAUGGCUGAGACGGAAAAUUUUACAAAAACAACCGAUUGGGAUAUUGAUUAUUACAAUUCGCAUCCCUAUCCGGGUUUCUAUCCAUGGUUUGUGGCUGGCAGCAUUGCAGUUGCAGUGGUGCUAUUGGCGGUGGUGUUUAACAUGGUGCGCAUAUGGAGCAAAAAAGAGGAGAAGAAACUUUAUAAACUCGCAGCGUCCACUGCAUAAUUUUUAAAGGCGUGAGCGAGUAGCAUAAAAUAGAGGGAGUUAAUGUAUGCGUGGAGCGCAACGAAAUUUUUACCGUUAUUCAAUUAGUCUUAACGAAGUUACAAUACAUUCCAGUGAAUUUGAUAUAUUUACUGUAUUUCGUUACAUUCAACAUAACCUAUUUUUCUAUAGCAAUAAACUUUAACUACGUAGAUCAGCA